GUUGGGCCACGCGGUGAAGGCUGGAGUGAUGCUGGUCGGGGAGGCGGCGGCUGGGCGCGGAGGCCUCGGCGUGCCGAGGGCGCAGACCGAGGCGGCGAGCCUCGCGCAGGCUCUGCAAGGAAAACCGGAUGCCCAGGGCUUCGUCGAGGUGCGGUUGCCCUUCGCCAAGGAUGCCGGGCCAAUGGCCGUCUUCGGCUAUGGGUCCUCCAAGGCCACUUCCGACUUCAUCUCCUUCCGUGCCCGCUGGCUGGAUUAUGCCAAGCUGAAGGCGGAGUGGAUCGGCAAGUCGAAUGUGGCAGAGACGGAAUCUCCCUUUCGGCAUGGUAGUCGAUCAGGGGUGGCCUACGAGCCGCUA